UCGACUCAACGACAUUUUAAAUUUUGGAAUUGAGUCAGAGCAGCACUAGGGUAUCAGAAACCGGUUGGGAGCCGAUCUACCUAACUCGCGCCCACAAUAAAAAUGCUCCCUCGAUCAAUCAUCGCAUUGUCUCCCAUACUUCUGCAAUCAUCAUUUUGGCAUGUCUCCUGAUCCCGCGUCUCAACAGCUAGACGAGGAAACGCCUUUGCUUCAGUCAAAGGGAAAUGCUCCGGCAAAGAAAUCACAGACACCUCUUCUAUGGCGCCAGUUCUCAAUGAUCCUGGUGUUGCAGAUUGCAGAGCCAAUGACAUCGCAAGUUAUCUCACCUUUUGCGCCUCAGCUCAUUCGUGAUAUUGGGAUCACUCAUGGAGAUGAAGCGCUCGUUUCGUUUUAUGUUGGGUUGUUGCACUCGCUAUUCUUUGCAACAGAAGCCCUCACCAUUUUCCACUGGAGUCGUCUCUCUGACUACAUCGGUCGUAAACCUGUCGUGCUAAUUGGACUGUUUGGACUCUCCCUCUCAAUGUUCUGCUUCGGUUUGUCCAAAACAUUCUGGAGCUUGGUAAUAAGUCGUUGCCUGAAUGGCGCACUCAAUGGCAACAUUGGCGUCAUGAAGAGCAUGGUGGCUGAGAUGACAGAUUCCACUAAUAUGGCCCGUGCAUGGGCAUUCAUCCCUCUUGCCUGGUCCAGCGGUACCACACUUGGGCCACUCAUUGGCGGACAACUUGCGCGACCUGCGGAUAGGUUCCCUAAUAUCUUCGGGGGUUCUGAAUUUUUGAAGAAAUAUCCUUAUUUCUUGCCGUGCGCGGUCCCUGCCACGGUAUCAGCGUUGACAUGGGUUGUCAUUUUUCUUUACUUGAAGGAGACCACAACUCCCCAAAUAAACAUUAGUCAACUGCUAUCUUGGAAAAAGCGCAAGACUGUUCCUUUACCCGCUCUAGAACCCCCGCCAGUAUUAUCUUCGAUCAGCGAUAAGCCCGUCCCCAUUCGAGCUCUUUUCGUUCGUCGUGUACUCAUCGCAACCGGGAGCUACGCCAGUAUUGCCCUUAUUGAUAUCGCAUUUCGCACUGUACAACCCGUGUUCUAUGCUACUCCCAUAUCGUUGGGUGGUCUAGGGCUCGAUACUCCAACCAUUGGAACCAUCCUGGCGGUCCAGGGAAUUGUAAAUGGCGUAAUGCAGCCAUUAGCCUUCGCUAGGCUUCAUGACAUCAUGGGUGCCAAAAAACUUUGGCUGUUCGCCGUAACGUGCGCCCUGCCUAUGAUUGCUCUCCUCCCGGUAUCGAAUACCCUGGCGAGAUCUAGUGGCGUUGUUCAGAGUGUAUGGUCUUUGGUGGCUCUACAAGUCGCUCUUAUGAGCUGCAUGAAUUUUGCAUAUGGCGUCUCGUUUAUGUAUAUCAGUGUGGCAUCUCCUAACCGAGCGUCCGUAGGCGCAACAAACGGGUUUGCACAAGUGAUCGUCUCUGUUAUGCGUGCUGUUGGACCAGCUGCAGCUAACUCCGCGUUCUCAAUUAGCAUUGAGAGACAGUAUCUUGGAGGGAAUCUGGUGUAUUGUGUCAUGGCGGGUAUGGUGUACGUGGCGAUGGGCGUCGGCGUUUUGUUACCUCGUGCUAUGUAG